AUGUCUCGCAAAGAUUUCCUAAAGAUUAUAAUUAUUGGCGACUAAGGUGUAGGUAAGACUUCCCUUCUAGAAGCUUAUACGUUAAACGGGCUUUCUCAACAUUCCAAGCCAACAAUCGGUGCAGAAUUUAAAAAGAAAGUCAUUACCUUAGGUGAUUCUCCUACUCCUCUCUAUAAAGGAGUCGAACUGAACCUUUAGAUAUGGGAUACAGCUGGGCAAGAAAGAUUUUCAAGUCUCUCUACCUAAUUUUACAGGGGUAGUGACUGCUGUAUUCUAGCAUUCGAUCUUACAAAUAAAGAGUCAUACGAUCACUUACAUAAAUGGAUAGAUGUAGUAUAGGAAACGACAGGAGAUCAAGGAAUUCCGAUUAUUCUAGUUGGCAAUAAAUGUGACAAGAUCAAUGAAAGAUCAGUAAGUAAUGAGACAAUACAAUAGUAAUGGGUACAGUCAAACAAAGUGCAAUAAUAUAUUGAGGCAAGUGCUACUAAGUUCUUGGGAUUAGAAUAACUAUUUCACUCUGCUGGCUAUUAUGGAUUAGUUUUUUCAGUUAAAUACAAUUCUUGGGCUUAAUAAUAAAGUGACAGCAAUUGCUCCAUGAGUUUAGUUGAAACUAAAAUAAAAUAAAUCUUAAGUUCCAGCACAAAUAUUACUCAGGAGAGGGCUGAUAGCAGUAGUUCUGAUAUCUAAAGUAGUCAAAAGAGAAUCAUUUUAAAUAAAAAAUAACUGGAAGCUAACAAAGAAAAGCAUAGGAAAGGUAAAUGCUGA